AAUCGCCAACCCAAAAUAUUUCUCUAUACUAUAUAUAUAUUCCAAGCUCUCACCUUCCAUACUGAUCUCAUCAAGUAAGAACCUCUUCAUUCUGUUUUACCUUUGAUUAAUUUAUAUAAACAAGACCAACGGCAACGCUUCUUAUUAUUCUCCUUCUGCCUCUUAUUUGUUUGUAUGUGAAUAUAAUUAUUGUUAGUAGGGGAAUAAUAUUUUUCAGCAAAACCUCAACUACUCUGAAAUAAUUAAGCACGACUAAUCUCAAAAGCGUUGAAAUCGUGUUAAAUGAUCGGUUGGGAAGUGUUUGUCUUUUUUCAUUCCUUCCCCAUUGCAUCAGAAGAAAAAACAAGACACGUUUGAAGUUUUGGAAAGGAAAAAAGGGACCGGAUUAAUGAAGUCGCCGGCGUCGUUUCACUCGUUUGGAAGGAGCAGUAACCUCUCAAACUAUAGUCGUUCAUUUGAGUUGCCGGAAGGCCUUGAAGAUCUUCCUAGAGAUGACUACGGUGUUGGUGGCGCAAUGUUGCCGAUUUUUCUCAGCGAUUUACGGAGGAAUAACCAGAGAGACCUCGUCGAAGUCACGCUCGAGCUCGAGAAUGACUCCAUUGUGUUUUGUAGCGUGGCGCCGAGUACUCCGCCGAUUAUUACCGACGAAAAGGAAGCCUCCGUAACUGCUUCUUCCGGGAUUUUAAGUAGGAGUCUUUCGGCGACGUCAAGGAUUAGGAGGAAGUUCGGGUGGUUAAGGUCGGGGUCAUCGUCGAGAGCUUCGUCGUCGGCGGGGAUUGAUCAGGACCGUAGGAUUACGGCGCGUGAUGAGAGGAGAAUUAAGGCUAAGCUCCAACGAACGAAAUCGAGUGCUGAGCGAGCGUUGAAAGGGCUGAGGUUCAUUAGUAAAAACACUGGCGCAAAUGACGCUGAGGAGAUGUGGAAACGAGUUGAGUCGAGAUUCGAGUCGUUAGCAAAGGACGGAUUGCUUGCUAGAGAAGACUUCGGUGAAUGCAUAGGGAUGGUGGAUUCGAAAGAGUUUGCAGUUGGGAUAUUCGAUGCGUUAGCAAGAAGAAGAAGACAGAGAAUCGAGAAAAUAACAAAAGACGAGCUUCAUGAUUUCUGGUUACAGAUUUCAGACCAGAGUUUUGACGCUCGUCUUCAGAUUUUCUUUGACAUGGCUGACAGCAAUGAAGAUGGAAGAGUCACAAGGGAAGAAGUACGAGAGCUUAUAAUGCUGAGUGCUUCGGCCAACAAGCUAUCCAAGCUGAAAGAACAAGCUGAAGAAUAUGCCUCACUAAUCAUGGAAGAACUGGAUCCUGAGAAUUUUGGGUAUAUUGAGUUGUGGCAGUUGGAAACGCUACUCCUACAAAGAGAUACAUACAUGAACUACAGCAGGCCACUUAGCACAGCAAGUGUUGGGAGGAGUCAGAACAUAAGUUCUGUCAGGCCCAAAAACAUGUUCCGAAGAGUGUGUUUUAAACUCCGGUGCUUGAUAUUAGAAAACUGGCAAAGGGGAUGGAUUUUGUUGCUUUGGAUGAUGGCAACGGCAACCCUUUUUACAUGGAAAUUCAUGCAAUAUAAAAACAUGGCAGCUUUUCAAGUUAUGGGAUAUUGCUUGUGUACUGCCAAAGGGGCUGCCGAGACUCUCAAGCUCAACAUGGCUCUAAUUCUUUUACCAGUUUGUCGAAACACAUUGACUUGGCUUAGGUCUUCUAAAGCAAGAUCUUUUGUUCCUUUUGAUGACAACAUUAAUUUCCACAAGACAAUUGCAGGUGCUAUAGCCAUUGGAGUCUUGGUUCAUGCAGGAAGCCACUUGUCCUGUGAUUUUAUCCGCCUCACGCAUGCUUCUCCAGAAACAUUUGCUCUCAUAGCCUCUGAUUUCAGGCAUGGCAAAAGACCGACAUAUUCAGAGCUUUUGAUUAGUGUUCUAGGCGUGACAGGCAUUUCUAUGGUGAUUUUCAUGGCCAUUGCAUUUAUAUUAGCAACAAGUCACUUCCGCAAAAAUGUAGUGAGACUCCCUGCACCCUUCAACAGAUUGACAGGCUUCAAUGCAUUCUGGUAUUCUCAUCAUCUUCUUGGUCUUGUCUACAUUUUGCUAGUAAUCCAUGGAACAUUCUUGUUCUUGGCCCACAAGUGGUAUCAGAGAUCGACAGGGAUGUACAUUUCUGUUCCAUUGCUGCUUUAUAUUGGGGAGCGUAGUGUAAGAACAUGUAGAUCAGAACACUAUUCAGUAAAAAUAUUUAAGGUUUCAGUACUACCAGGAAAUGUCUUCAGCAUGGUUAUGUCAAAACCGCAAGGAUUCAAGUAUAAAAGUGGGCAGUACAUAUUUCUACAGUGCCCAUCAAUCUCCCCAUUUGAAUGGCACCCAUUUUCUAUCACUUCAGCACCAGGAGAUGAGUAUCUUAGUGUUCACAUCCGGACAGUAGGAGACUGGACGCAGGAAUUGAAACGAGUUUUCACAGAUGUUAAUGACUCGCCAUUUGUCAUAGGCCGAGCUAGAUUUGGUCAGCCUGGACAUAUUGAUCAGAAGGGCCAACCUAAAUUGCUAGUUGAUGGUCCAUAUGGAGCUCCGGCACAGGACUACAGAAAUUAUGAUGUUCUUCUCCUUGUGGGGCUAGGAAUUGGAGCUACCCCUUUCAUAAGCAUCCUCAAAGAUCUUUUAAACAAUUCAAGAGCAGAAGAUCAAAUGGAUUCAACCACAGAAAUGACUAGAUCAGACGACAGCUGGAAUAGCCUUGCAUCUUCCAAUUCUACUGCUAAUUCAAGUGUGACUAUUGGUGGAAAGAAGAAGUCACAGAGGACUAGAAAUGCUCAUUUCUACUGGGUCACCAGGGAAUCAGGGUCCUUUGAAUGGUUUAAAGGAGUAAUGGAUGAAGUUGCAGAAAUGGAUCAGAAAGGUCAGAUUGAGCUGCACAACUACCUUACAAGUGUUUAUGAAGAAGGAGAUGCAAGAUCAACCUUGAUUACAAUGGUCCAAGCUUUAAAUCAUGCUAAACAUGGUGUUGACAUCCUAUCAGGAACCCGAGUAAGGACACAUUUCGCCAGGCCCAACUGGAAAGAAGUGUUCAGAAAAAUAGCUUCCAAACAUCCUCAUGCAACAGUAGGGGUGUUCUAUUGUGGAAUGCCAGUGUUGGCAAAGGAGUUGAAGAAGCUAUCACGAGAGCUGAGUCACAAGACAUCGACACGGUUCGAAUUCCACAAGGAAUAUUUCUGAGGAUCCUUUACAUAGAUAUGUAGA